AUGGUAUCUCUCACAAACUUGCCUUUCCCCCCUCACCUCGCUCACCCCUCUCUCUCUCACACCACCCUUGACCACGCCUCGCGGCCUGGAAUCCGGUGCGAUGGCAAAUACCCUUGUGAGCAGUGCCUGAACGCCGCUCUCACCUGCAAGCGCGACCAUGUUCCCAAGAAGAGGGGUCCCAAACGUGGCCAUGGCCGGGUCAUCAACGAGCUGCGAGCCAAGGACACCUUUCCGGGCCAGCUAUCUCUCGAAGGCGGAGGAGUGGGAGGUCAAGGCUCCCAGGACAAUCCCACAGAGUAUGUGCGCCGUCGACUCUCCGCCGCCUGUCCGCCCCUGAGCUUCGAUCCGUCCAUGAGCGACUCGUCGGCCAACCCCUCUGCUGCGCCGUCGGCCGCCAACAGCCCGCCUCAGUUCUGGGCCACCCUCACCUCCAACCCCGGCCACAAUGUGCCCGAGCCGCGGAGCGCCUUCUCGAGCGACGACUAUCGUCCCAACAGCCGGAGUUACCUCUACAUGGUGCCACAGUGUGUCGAGCUCUACUACGAGCACAUCUACCCCAUCAUGCCGCUGCUGUACAUGCCCGCCAUCCGCCAAACCAUCGCCCGCCCCAUGACGCCCUCGGAGAAGAACCUCAUCUACGCCCUGUGCGCGCUCACGUCCAUGCACAUGUCAGGCAAGAGCAUCGAGGCCCCGGGCCCGCCUUCGUGGGAGGUCGCCGGUCGCUUCUUCCUCGACGAGUGCAUCUCGGUGCGGCAGUCGUACGACUUCCUCGAGGACCUGUCGCUCUCUGCCGUCAUCUCAUCGUUCUACCUGUCGACGUCCUUUUUCGAGAUCAACCAGUCUCGAAAGUCGUGGCACUAUCUCCGCGAGGCUCUGAACAACGCACAGGAUCUCGGCCUCCAGAACGACUCGACCUACUAUGGCCUCAGCCCGGAAGACACACUCUGCAGACAGCGCGUCUUCUGGAUUCUCUUCGUCACGGAACGCUCCUUUGCCAUCCUUCGCAACAAACCCAUCACAUUCAAGCAAACCCCUUCGCUCCCUUCAACACGCCACUCGUACGAAUCCCCCGACAUCCACGCCGGCUUCCUCCAGCUCGUCUCGUCGUACACGCCCCUCGACGAGUCCUUCGUCACUGCCUGGAACGAAGGCUCCGACCCCCGUGUCAGCGCCGCCACCUUUGUCGCGCUCCAGAACCUCCUCGCCCUGCCGCCCAUCUUCCUGCGGCCCCGCUCCCCGACGUCGCUCUUCGCCGGCAGCACCGACCCCUCGACGCCCGAGCCGACCGACAUCCAGAAGGCCGACCUGCUCGUGACGCAACAGUGGCUGCGUCUGAUCGUCUGGCAGUCGUCGAUGCGGCAGCAGCUCCUCUCGUGGACGAACCCCGCCGACGCACCCGACCCCAACGCGCCCCCGAACAGCAUGUGCUUCUCCUUUCCCCUCUCCGUCGCCCGCGACACGGCCGCCAUCCUGGCGUCGCUGCCGCCGAAGGCGGUCGAGGUGCACGGCAUGGGCAUCAUGGAGAAGAUUUUCGAGAUUGGCACCUGGUGCGUCAACGUCCUCGGCGCCUGCGAGAGCGUCGGCUUCGCGCCCGGCGGCAUGGACCUGACGGCCGGCGACCUGGGCGUGCUGAACACGGGCCGCCGCAGCUCGAGCAAGGACCCCAUAGAGUUCUUCGUCCGCACGCUGAGCGCCAGCCCCAACAGGAAGGGUGCAGUUUGCCGAGAAGCUGCUCAAGGCCGCGGCGAGAACCAGGCUGCAUGCGCCAUGGGCCUCGGCAUCAUGCCCGUUGACAUGGCGGCGGCGGCGGCGGCGGCAGCGGCAGCAACCGCGGGCGGGCUCCGCGGCGACAGCGUCGACCUGACGAGCCCGCUGACCAUGACGACGAGCCACAGCUACUCGGACAUGGCGUCCGCCAUGGGCAUGACGGGCCUGUCAGACUGGUCCGAAUGGAGCCCCGAGACGGGCGGCGGCGACGAGGCGGCGGCGGCCUUUGCCGCCGAGGACGGGACGGGGCUCGCGCACGUCGUGAGCCGGAGCUCGGCGGGCGACGGCAACGAGAACGGGACAAGGAAGGAAGCAAAGAAUAUCAUUCACAAGUACAUUCUUUUGGGUCUGCUGGUCAACAAUUCGUUCCGUUGUCACGCCAGGUCUAACCUCGCCUUCCACAAAGGCUUUGGAGUUGAAGUCUGA